AUGAAUAAUCUUUCAUUCAGUGAGUUAUGUUGCCUCUUCUGCUGUCCACCUUGCCCUGGGAAAAUUGCUUCAAAAUUAGCAUUUUUGCCACCUGAUCCAACAUAUACACUGAUGUGUGAUGAAAGUGGAAGCCGCUGGACUUUACACCUAUCAGAACGAGCAGACUGGCAGUACUCUUCUAGGGAAAAAGAUGCUAUUGAGUGUUUCAUGACUCGAACCAGUAAAGGCAACAGAAUUGCCUGCAUGUUUGUGCGCUGUUCACCCAAUGCCAAGUACACUUUACUCUUCUCACAUGGAAAUGCUGUUGAUCUUGGUCAGAUGAGCAGCUUUUACAUAGGACUGGGAUCACGGAUUAAUUGUAAUAUAUUCUCAUAUGAUUAUUCUGGAUAUGGCGCAAGUUCUGGGAAACCAACGGAGAAGAACCUCUAUGCAGAUAUAGAAGCUGCUUGGCUUGCUCUUAGGACAAGAUAUGGCAUUCGCCCUGAAAAUGUGAUUAUAUAUGGCCAAAGUAUAGGGACAGUACCAUCUGUGGAUCUUGCUGCUCGGUAUGAGAGUGCUGCUGUUAUUCUUCAUUCUCCUUUGACCUCGGGAAUGCGAGUCGCUUUUCCUGAUACCAAGAAGACCUACUGUUUUGAUGCAUUCCCAAACAUUGACAAAAUCUCUAAGAUAACCUCCCCAGUAUUAAUAAUUCAUGGGACUGAAGAUGAAGUCAUUGACUUUUCACAUGGCCUCGCAUUAUUCGAGCGUUGCCAAAGACCUGUGGAGCCUCUGUGGGUUGAAGGGGCAGGUCACAAUGAUGUGGAACUUUAUGGACAGUACCUCGAAAGGUUGAAACAGUUUGUGUCACAGGAACUGGUAAAUUUGUAA